AUGGCAGACGCUGAUCUCUUCAAACUGUCCAAUGAUUCAGACACCUCAAGUCAGAACAAAUCACCCGAAGAAAAUUCACUCCUAACAGAUUAUGCCCUUCUUCAAAUCCUGGGAGAUGAAACACUGCUUGAUGAGAUGAAACAUUCCGAGUCGACGAUGGACGAGUAUUUCCACAACCCUGCGAUGAUUGAGAAGCUCAUUCGAUAUAUUCUUCAGGAAGACCUCGAAGGCGUGGAAGACUACAACCACUAUUGCUAUUCUCGCAAUGCGGCGCUUCUUCUGUGCUCAAGUCUGUCCCUCUCGAUUGGCGUGCUAAGCGACCUCCGCCUCUUCGGACUGAUCUGCACUCUGAUCGACAAAGACCACUACAGUCCCCACAACGCCAUGUGCUUCGCGAUGAUCGUGGAAUCGCUCUGCCGCAACCAGCUGAACGUCCUCCCGAACUACGUCUUCGAGCACCCCUCCGUCCUCGACGAUCUCGCCUCGCAUCUCGAGAAUCUGAACAUAGUCCGCGCGCUGUUCGCUCUCUACACCAGCAGCGACGAGCCCAUUUUAGACGCCGCCUGGCUCACUCCCCGCCUCCUCCGCGGGCUCCACAGCUACGACUCCUCGGACAACUGCUUCGCUUUUCUCUUCAAACUCAUUUCCCUCCUCGCUCUCGAAGAUCCCGAGGACCCGGGCGUGGUGGCGACGCUCUACCAAGACAUCUUCGCCAGCGCGGCAUUCCGCGAGGCCUUCGAGCGGGAUCUUCUUCGCCUUCUUUCUCUGCGCGAUCGCAUGGAUUCCGAGGCCGACAACGGCUGUCAGCUCUGCUUCAAAGCCAUGCGCCGCGUGCUCGAGCUCUCCCACGAGAAGCUGCAGCUGCCGAUCUCCCUCGACGACGACGCCUUCCCCGACGACGCGCGAUCCGACAACGCGAUCGCCUUCGCCUUCCGCCAGCCGCUGCUCGACGUUCUGCACCGCGCGCGCGCCACGCUGCUCGACGUCCUGCAGGCCUUCCACGCCCCGGACCCCAAACGCGAGCUCUGCCCGAAAGCCUUGCCGGAAUUGCUCAGACUGCUCGGCGAAGCCGUGUGCUGCGAGCGGCGCGCGAGCGGCGCGCUGGACCAGGAACUGCUGGAGGCGCUGGACGCAGCGAUGGCGGGGAGCGUGGUGUGCUACUAUCGGAACUCGUUUCUGCACGGAACGGUGAAGAAAAUCUACAAAACGCUGGUGGAUUCGCGCGAUCCGAGCAUUGUGCAGUUUAUCAUGCAGAAUAGCAGGGUCUUCGAGGCCAUCGACGCGUCCUCCGACUGCCGGGUCCCCGCGGUGAUCGCGCUGAAGAACAUCUUUCAUCGGUUUUACAAGAUGAAAGAGCGUCGCGAAGAGUUCAAAGCGGGCGCCAAGUUCGCGAAGAUGCUCGAGCAGUUCGAUCUGGAGGAGGAGUUCAAGCCGCUGCGGGAGAUCGAUCUUGAUAAGAAUCCCAUCGUGUCGCCGAUGGACUAUUAUAUUCAGCUGAAUAAUCUUAUGAUGCUUUUAGAUGACAAUGAGAAGAGCAAUCUCUUACAAUUGUUCUCUCAGCUGGAAGGUGCUGCGAUCGAUGUGACACAGGAUGGAGAUGCCGAUGAGCACCAAUUUGAUGAGAUCGAGGAGGAAGAAGAAGAGGAAGAAGAGGAAGAGGAAGAAGAGACAGGGGAAAGGAUCGUCGAGAUGUAG